AUGGAGCUCGUCAAAGACGUGUUGGGUGCGAUGCCGGAGGACCCGGAGUCGUUCAUGAUACGAUGGCUUCGCCAAUGCUCCCAGUCAUGUGAGCGAGAGCCUGUCAACAUCUCCCUCCGACAGCGCAACCGAGCCCUGAAGGAGGAGCUCUCCGCCCUGCAGAGUGAAGCGGUGAUUGGCGACACAAAGGUGCCGGCCCGGGAGCCGGAGGCCUCGCGGUCGGUGAACUCGCAGGCAGAGCUGGUCUCCGAAGCGGGCACGAUGCGUGCCGAGACGGCAGAUCUGACGACAUCGCUGGAGGCCAUGCAGGUGCGACUGUUGGAGCAACUUGAGCAGAAGGUGGAGCGCUGGGGUGAGCGUUUGGAGGCACGGCUGGAAGUUCUGAACACCAAAGUUGAGGAAGUGGCAGCAAGCAUUCGCACCGCCAUGGGAGCCGUCAAGGACCCAAACACGGGCUCCCAGCCUGAGGCCGGGAUGAUGCGAGAGCACCAUACUUCGUGUUUCCCCCUUGAACAGUUCGGCCUCGGGGACUCCAAGUACGACAAGAACAUCGAUCUCCUGAGACGAGAAGUCGGUGCAAAAGCCAAGUACACGAAAGCGCUGGAGAUCUCCGGAGGAGAAGAAAAGCUGAGAAGCUUUCAGGACCUGAGUAAAGAGCUGCAGAGGAAGCAUGGCCUCCACGAGGAGCAGAAAGGCAUCAUUGAAACCGGCGAGCGUGCCGCACGUAGCGUCAAGGUAAAUUUUCAGCCGUUCUUUCCAACCCUGGAUGAGCUCUUCGAGUUUGCGCACAAGCAUCAGCACCACUUUUUCGACCUUGUGGACAGGGUCGGGACCGCCACUCAUGGUACCUGUGCAAAGCCUCCGCUGAAAGGCAAAGAACGCUGCUCGAUUGUGAGAGUGUUGUUCUUGCGGGUUUCCCGCUUAUCCGAACUUCUCAAGCACAGGCUUACUGACAUCGUUCGAGACACGCUCAGCUACGAGAACUUGAAAGAUAUGUACGAUGGACUGAAGCUGAUCGAUGCGGACAAAAACGUUGAAAUCGUGGAGUUUAACGACCGGUAUCAAACUCCAUUGGAUGGUGGAUACCGCGACCUCCAGCUCACGCUUCGAGUGCAAGGUAAGUUGGUCUGCGAGCUGCAACUUACAACAAAGUACAUGCUCUUCAUUAAGGAGUCGAGUGGGCACAGGGAGUUCGAGAUCAAACGAGAGCUCAUCGCCCAUGUAGCUGCCAACAGCGAGCCGGAGUGUCGGAAAACACUCCUCUGGGCUGGAAAGGACGCAAAGGCUGUGCUGCAGGAGACUAAGAAGCCUCUGCUCCACAAAGCAGCUUCGCAGGGCAACUCCCGCAUGGUGCAGCUCUUCCUUCAGCAUGGGGCGGAUGUAAACCUUGAGGCGAUGGCCAAGGGGCACGCUUGCGCAGCAUGGGCCCUGAUCUCGGCGGGUGCGAAGCAAGACGUCGAGGAUGCAGACGGGCAGACGCCCCUCUUGCUCGGAGACUUCUCUGCAAUGAUUCUUCAUGGUCUAAUGAAGGAAUCGUAA